UGUAUGAUUUUUAAUGUAGUGUAUUAAAGAGGAGGUCCCUAUCAUUAGUAAUGUAAUGUUGGUUGGAGAUGAUAAGAAAUAUCUAACAAUGCUGGUCACACUACGUGUUAAAGUUGAUGAGAAUCAAAGUCCAACUGACAAUUUAACAGAUUCUGUUGUAGCACUUUUAUCUCAACACAACUCUCAAUCAACUACUGUUACUGAGGCUAAGGAUGAUGAUAUUGUUAAGCAGUUGAUACAAGAAGGAAUGGAGAGAGCUAAUGAGAAAGCAAUCAGUAGAGCUGCACGCAUUCAGAAGUUCACUAUACUACCAGUUGAGUUCAGUAUCGAAGGAAAUGAACUAACUUCAACAAUGAAACUGAAGAGAAGUGUCACUGCUCAGAAAUAUAAAGAUGAAAUUGACAAGAUGUAUCCUGAGUCACAAUAAAGAGAAAGAACAACAAUCAUCAACAAUCAGAGCAUAAUACAUCAAUGUGAGUAUUCAUUACCACUGUUUUAUUUUCGAUUUUAGUUGACAGUAUCAUAUGAUUUUGAUUUUUCAAAUAUAAAAUAUUUAAGUAA